AUGACGGACCUGGCUUCGCCCGCGGGCGAGAACCCCUUCGCCUUCCCGGGCGGCGAGGAGGGCCUGGGGGAUGAGAAGGCGCUGGUGAUCCACAGCCAGGCGGAGGAGGAGGCGGAGAAGGAGUUCAAGUGCAUCCUCUGCGGGGAAUGCUUCGGCCAGCAGCCCAGCCUCGCCCGGCACCAGAAGCACCACGCCGGGGAACGCACCUUCAUCUGCGCCGAGUGCGGCAAAGCCUUCAGCCUCAAGCACAACCUCAUCAUCCACCAACGCAUCCACACCGGGGAGCGUCCCUACCAGUGCGGCGUCUGCCAGAAGAGCUUCAGCCUCAAGAGCAGCCUGGCUGCCCACCAGCGCAGCCACGGCGGGGAGCGGCCCUUCGCCUGCCCCGACUGCGGCAAGACCUUCAGCCAAAAGGGCUCCCUGAAGAUCCACCGGCGCACCCACGCCGGCGAGACCCCCUUCGCCUGCGCCCAGUGCGGCGAGAGCUUCGCCCAGAAGGUCAACCUCACCGCGCACCAGCGCACCCACGGGGCCGAGACCGCCCUCACGGUGCUGCAGGAGCACCUGGUGCCCCGCUCACACUCCCUCCUGCAAUGGAAAAUUCUGUCCCAGGGGAGGAAUGACGGCUGCGACUGCCAGAGCGGAGCCGGAUCUCAGCAGCCACCAGCCGCCGGCCGCACACCGCCUUUCACAGGGAAGGAGCCGCACCACCACGCUGCCGUGGGCCCCACUGGGGAGAGGAACAUGAAGAGGAGGAGGCAGCGGCUUGCCCCGGCUGCGCGGAGAGCCCCCAGUGGUGCAGAAAUCAUGCGAAAUAAAAAUAAAAUAAAACACAAAGCUCGAGGGUGGAGACUGCUUCCCCACCGGCAGCAGCUCCAGCACGGAGGAGUGACUGCGGUGAGGCGGGGGGCUGCACCCCGCUGCGGCAAGGCAGAGACUCCCGGCCCAGGCAGCGCAGAGGUCCUGGUGCGGUGCCAGCAGCAAGGAGCUGAAGGACGACCCGGAGGCAGCGGGGAGCACCUGGCCAGGAAGGUGCGGGGUUGGGGCGGCGGGGAGGACCACGAGUGCCUGAUGGGGCCGUCUCGGCAUGGGCUGCCAGCCGGGCUCGGCUCCAGCGGCUGCGGGUUGCUGGCCAGCGCCGCGCUGCCCGCAAGCUUCCCCUCGGCUCCGGACGAGAAGCGAAGCCCCAUGCGGGUGCCUGCACAGGGACCCCCCGCGCUGCCCCGUCCCCCCGUCGCUUCCUUUGCCGCUGCUGUGUGGAAAUGCAGGUUGCCAAAGAAUCCACAUGCUGGUGGGACAGUGGUGGAGCGAGACCCCGGCUCACCCUCUACAGCAAGCCCCUCACAGGCGCCCACCCUAGGCUCUCCUUGCCCGGCUCAGCGGCUGUCGCUGCUGUGGGGCUCGGAUGGAUCCUGCACCGGGGAUCAGUGGAGCAUGUGCUGCACAUAA